AUGAGUGUUGAAGAGUUCCCAUCAAACAAUCCGUUUCGAUCAAUUUUGAUGGCUUCAGUCACAACUCCAGAAGGAUCUAAUCCAUUUCUUGAUAAGACAGAGCGUAAGAAGAGUAGAGUUCAUACGGCUUCUGCUAUGUCGAAGCCUAUAUCAUCUUAUGUAUCAUCACGUAUGACGUUUUCCCGAAAUCAUAAAUCGGCUUUGCAUUCAAAGCAAGAGGAAAAGGUUGCGGUUUCCCGUCACGAGCGUGCAAGAAGUAAUUCAGAAAGCAAUGUUUCUGAUUCACAUAAAAAUGUUUAUCGAAAUUAUAAACAUUCCCCUCUUAAUAAAGAGAAAGAGCAUGAAAGAGUUUUAUUGAAGGAGAAUUCUAAAGAAAAGUUAAAAACCAAUGCUUAUGAUAGGGAAAGACGAUCACGCAUACAUGUAGAUCGUAUUGAUUUGCUUGAUGUGACUGCUGUAUAUGGAUCGGGGGCAUUUCAUCAUGAUGGACCAUUUGAUGCUUGUAAUCCUUAUCGUAAUAGGAAUUUUCAAAAAGAUCCUUUAUUCGCUUUUCCUAAAGAUAGCACUUCUAUGUCUUAUGUUAAAUUGGAAACUGAGAACUCAGGGUUCCCAAUUGAUAAAUAUUUUGGCCGUCGAGAUAUUGAAGCAUAUAAUGAGUUUUCUCCUAGUGCUUUUUAUUCUAGGAAAAAAUGCUCUUCGAGCUCAUCUAGAAGUUUUACUUAUGAGUCGACUCAAAAAUUAGACUUGCUUCACGGUUCAGAGACUGCUGGUCUUGGCACUUCAACUUUUAUAGAAGGCUGUCAUGCUAGUCGAGCAGCUAUGCAAAGUCCUGCAUCACUAUUUAACAGUGAAAAGGAUGAAAAGGAUAAUAAGCUUUUUGGUUCUCGGAGUCAUUCAAAUAUUGAUAAUAUUGAUUUAAAUUGCAAACGCAGUUUUGUUCAACGUAUUCGUGGUGCAAAAAAGAAUUCUCAGUUCAAUGAUUCAUCUGUUCAAGUUGUUAAUUCUUCUCUUGGGACUUCAAAACAAUUAGAUGUAGAAAAAGGUAUGUUUAGUAAUAGAAGGAAAAAAAAAUUAAUACCGCAAAAUAAUUUUUCGGUAACAUCUGAUAACUCUGAGUCGUCAUGUACUAGUAAAGGAUUUCUUAGUCGCGUUCGUAGUUUAAAAGUAGGAGAUACUAGGAAUAAUUCUAGAGAAAAUUAG